CGAUAGCAUGCGUAAUCCUGCAAGACUUUCCACCGUCAACGGCGCCCCCCUGCAGGUACGUGAGAAACUCCAUGAAUACAGCAACAAAAUCCCCAAUUGACCUCCAUUGAUAGGCUCUGCGUUCAAACCAAGAAGAAAACAAUCCCCUCUACAACUGUUUAUGGUAUUUUUCUAUGCAUUGUUUGAUUCUUUACCAAUUCAAACCCACCUCAUGAACCCAAUUCGCUCCGACGAAUAUCCAUCAAUGACAUCACGAACCCACUUCUCGAAUCACCUCGCAAGACGCCCCCCCAUUAAAAACCCUUUUCAAUCCUCAAGGAGAAGACCCAUCGAAUUCCCUGUGAAAACCCAUUUCAAAAACUGCCCGGAAUUCCCAUGGCUUCCAGUGGCGGUUCGUAUUCCAACGGUGGUUCGUAUACCAACGGCGGUUCAUAUACCAACGGCGGUUCGCAUUCCAAUGGCUGUUUGGAUUUCAAUGGCUGUUCUGGCCUGUCGGUUACCAUCCCCGUUGGCUCCACAUUCACUUCCCCUUUCGAGGAUUCGCCUCGGUCUGAAGAUGAGGCCCGGAAGCCACUCAGCCUGUGGCCCGGAAUGUACCAUUCGCCCGUGACGUAUGCCUUGUGGGAAGCCAGGUCUAGAAUCUUCGACAGACUCUAUUCCCCUAACGAUGAUGCCCCUCCACAGAGCCAGUUGCGAACCAGGACUCCGUUUCACAGCCGAACUACGAUCCUGUAUAAUUUCUCAACUGAUUAUAUAUUGAGAGAGCAGUAUAGGGAUCCUUGGAAUGAGGUCAGGAUGGGGAAAUUGCUUGAAGACCUUGAUGCCCUUGCCAGCACCAUCGCAUUCAAGCACUGUUCUGAUGAAGAUAGCUUGACAAGGCCACUCUUGUUGGUCACUGCUGCUGUGGAUAAGAUGGUGCUGAAAAAGGCACUCAGUGUUGCUGUUGAUCUCAAAAUGGGUGGCGCAGUUAUAUGGGUUGGACGGUCGUCAAUAGAGAUUCAACUGGAAGUCACUCAGCCCACAUUUGGGAAGUCUGAUGCUUCGGAACCAAUAGCUCUCACAGCCAAUUUCAUAUUCGUUGCCCGUGAUUCUAAGACAGGGAAAGCUGCUCCAGUGAACCGACUCUUUCCAGAAACUGAACGAGAGAAGUUGCUUUGCGAAGAAGCAGAAGCAAGACAGGAAUUGAGAAAACAGAAGAACGUUAAUGACAGGAAGGAGAUUGAGAAUGGAGAAGUAAACAGACUCGAAGCUUUAUUGGCCGAGGGACGCAUGUUCUGUGACAUUCCUGCCUUGGCAGAUAGAGACACCAUCCUUCUUAGGGAUACACGCCUUGAGAACUCUUUGAUUUGCCAGCCACAACAGAGAAACCUCCACUGUCGCAUCUUUGGAGGGUUUUUGAUGCACCGAGCUUUUGAAUUGGCUUUCUCAACAGCUUAUGCUUUUGCUGGGAUGAUGCCAUGCUUUCUAGAGGUUGAUCAUGUUGAUUUCUUAAGACCUGUGGAUGUUGGUGAUUUCUUGCGUUUCAAAUCGUGCGUCUUGUUCACUGAAUUCGAGAAUACAGAUCAGCCUCUGAUUAAUGUUGAGGUUGUUGCUCAUGUUACAAGGCCCGAGCUCAGGUCUAGUGAGCUAUCGAAUAAAUUCUAUUUCACAUUCACUGUUUGCCCGGUGGCAAAGGCACAGAACAACGGAUUGAAGAUUCGGAAGGUGGUUCCAGCUACAGAGGAGGAAGCACGAAGGAUUCUGGAGCACAAACAGAUGGUGAGCCGUUCCCCAAAGAGAGAAAGCAAGAAGGCUGGUUGUUAUAGGGUUUAGAUGAAGUAGUACAAUAAACAGCUGGUAUGCUACGUUAAAUUGGGUUUAAAUUUUGUUCUGAAUGUUGUUCCUGCGAAGUUCCCUCCCCUUACCCUUCUGCUCUUCCCCUCACCUCUGUCCUUUCUCCGCAAAACCAGUCACCAUUUGCUCGUAACUGUUCUCAGAUUUCUUCUAUGGCUGUAGUCUGAUGCUAUUGACCGCGAUGGUGCAUGUUGCGCCCACGCUGCACAACCACCCCGACCAAGUAAAGUCCGAUCUAUACCUGUGGUGGAGGCUACUUUUUACGAAGAUCAAGACGGCUUGGUGGAGCUCUUAAGGCUAGAGACAUGGAGAGAGCCGUUUUUUUCCUUUUUGUUAGUAACUUCUUUCGUCCCUGUGUGGAGGUUUUGUUUUGUGUUUUUCUUGUAAUAAUACAUCCUGCGUGGAGGUUUGUGGUCUAACCUUUGUGGUUGCUUUCUCCUCCUUGCAUGGAGGCGUCUUCUCUCUGGAGAGUUUUAUUGUACGCCAACGUACUUUAUUGUCCGAUACUAUAGCGGUGGUUCAAUA